UGCGGAACGUUUCUUUGUCGCGCCUCAAGAGAGAGAGCUGUAUAGCUGUGGGUGGAGACUACAGCAAAGAGAGGUAGCUAGCUCAUGGGCAACGCCAUUGCCGGGAAGCGGCGGACGGCGAGGGUUAUGACGGUGGACGGCGCGACGUGCAAGUACCGUUCCCCGGCGGUGGCGGGGGACGCGCUGCGCGACCACCCGGGCCACCACCUGCUGGAGUCGGAGGAGGUGAGGCGCCUCGGCGUGCGGGCGCGGCCGCUCGACCCGGACGCGCUGCUCAAGCCCGGGAAGCUCUACUUCCUCGUCGAGCUGCCCCGGCUCUCCUCCGCCCGGCGCGCGCCGCGCAGGACGUGGUCCGGCGCGCUCCACUACGGCGCCGGGGAGCGGCUGGAGAACCUGAUGCUCGCGCGGCGGUCGGCCUCGGACGUGGCCGCAACGGUGCAGGCGAUGGCGGCGGCGGGGUCAUCGCCCGCGUCGUCGGUGGAGGCCGCGGAGGACGGCGCGGUGCGGCUGCGGGUGCGGCUGCCCAAAGCCGAGGUCGCGCGGCUCGUCAAGGAGAGCCGCGACCCCGCCGAGGCCGCCGAGAGGAUCAUGCAGCUCUGCGUCGCCAGGGACCACCGUUCCGCGCCGACCACGCCCGUCCUGCCGGCGAUGACGUCGUCGCGCAGGGAGCCCGCGUCCGGCAAGAAAGAGAAGAGGGCGAGGUUCGUGACGGUGCCGGACGAGAUCAUCUGGUUCUGACCGCUGGAGCUGAGGCGGCCACGGCUCCCCGUCCGGGGUCCAAUUCGUCGCACUUUUUGCGGUCUCUGAAACCUCGAGUAAUCGAAGAUUGUUUACAACCAGCAUUCAUGCAGGUGAAUUUCUGCAAAAGAUACUGCAGCGAGAGGAGGGUUAGGAACAUGAGAAGCUGCAUGUGAAUGCCUUCCUGUCUCCCUGUCCCUGGCUUCGAUCUGUACUGAAGCAUUGUGGUGUGUGCGUGGUCACGGACUCACUCAACGUACAUAUUGGUUGCUGCCUAGUGCGAAUCCAACGCUUUCUUUUUCCUCU